GUUAUCGCGCAUUAUAUUGUUGUUCAAUAUUGCUUGCGCCAUUUUUUCGCGUUUAUAUGAAAGAAGGGAUAAACUUGUGUUACAAUAACAACUAUAUUGAUGUUUAUUUAUGAAAUUGGUGGACGGCAUGGCCCAACAAAAUUUAAGGAAGAAGAAGAACGCAUUCGUCUAGAAGAAGAGGCGAAACGACGCGCCUUUGAAGCAGCACGAGUAAAAGCAUUGGAAGAAGCUGAUAGACUUAGACGUGAACGUGCGGCAGCUGAAGCUGCACGCCGCGCAGCGGAAGAAGAAAAUAGACUCAGGCGCCAACGUGAAGCAUUAGCUGAUGAUGAAGAAAGGCGUCGAAAACUUGAAGAUGAAAGAAGAAGAAGGCAAGAAGAAGAAGAUCGAAGGCAUAGAGAAGAUUUGGAAAGAUUAAGAAAAGCUGCCGAUGAAGCAGAAAGGCGCCGUUUAAUUGCUGAACAAGAAGAAAGAGAUGAAGCAGAACGAAGAAGAAGACGAGAAAAAGAAGCUGAAGAAGAAGAAAAUAGAAGACGAAAAGCAGCAGAAAAAGCUGCGCAAGAUGAAGAAGAUCGCCGUAAUAGGCAGAAGAGGUGGGAAGGACAAAUUAAGGCUGCCCAAGUACAUGAACAAGUUCCAAUGCAGCAAGUUGAGGAAUUUCAAGAAGUUAGACGUAUACCUGAAGUACCUAAAUUAGCUGAACAUGAAGACGAACCACAAAUGUUUCAAGAAGUAAAAUUUCUGAAUCUUAAAGUUUCUCUUUGGAAUAAAACCAGGGCUCUCAUAGACAAAAUGCAACUCAAAAGUAUCAAAAUCUCGAUUAAAAAGUAUAUAGGGAGAAAAUUUGCAAAUAAAAAGUAUACUCAAAAUUAA